AUGACGGGAGAAGCCUUUUCUUCUUCUUCUUUUCUUCUGAUCUCUGUGCUCAACCAUCCCUCUCUUCCCUCCCCCUUCCUUUCUUAUACAAAGGGGUAUCUCUCUCUCUGCCUUGCUCGACAACCAAGGGGUUCCUGUUCCUGUCUUUUUACAAUACACAAGAUCCCAUAUACGAGUACAUCACAAGCCGUCAAGAUGGUCAGCAAGACAAGAACCUACAACUGGUUCAUUGCCAUGGUGGCAGCGUCCUGCAUGACGCUCUACGGCUUUGACUCCAGUGUUUUCAACGCUCUCCAAGCCUCUCAGCACUGGCUCGACUGGUUCAACCUCGACCUUAAGCGGGACAGCUACACUGUCGGCUUGAUCAACACGUGCUACACCAUCGGUGCUAUUGUUAGCGGCUUCUUCAUUGGUGGCCCCCUGGCCGAUCUCUGCGGUCGAAGGGCUGGCAUGGCUGUCGGAUGUUUCGUCACCAUCAUUGCCGCCUUCAUCCAGGCCUUUUCACCCAAGGGAAAGCUUGGCGUCUUCAUUCUCGGCCGAGUCCUCAUCGGCAUGGGCCAGGGCACAGCUCUGACUGCCGGUCCCGUCUACAUUGGCGAGGUGUCCCCCGCCAGCAUCCGAGGCCAGGUCAUGACCUUCUGGCAGCUCUUCUACUCUGUCGGUGCCUUCAUCGCCUACUGGAUCAACUACGCCUGCGGCCUCCACCGCGAGGAGCUCGGCGAGUGGGACUGGCGCAUGGUGGUCAUCUUCCAGAUCAUGGUCCCUAUCAUCGUCAUCGUCCUGCUGCCCUUCCAGCCCGAGUCCCCGCGAUGGCUCAUCAAGAAGGGCAAGAUCGACGACGCCCGCGCCGCCCUGCGACGGAUCCGUGAUACCGAGGAGGAGGUUGAGGAGGAAGUGCUGGCCAUCCUGGCUGCCAUCGAGUACGAGAAGGAGGCCAUCAGCCCUGGCUACGGUGCUCUGUUCAAGGAUCCUUCCAUCAGGAAGCGUCUCUACCUCGCCUUUGUCCUCAACGUCGGCCAGCAGCUCACUGGCCAGGGCACGCUCAACACCUACUCGACUUCCAUCUACAAGCAGGUCUGGACCUCUUCCGAGAAGAUCAACCUCAUCAACGCACUCUGGGCUACCAUGGGUAUUCUAUUCACCCUCAACGCCGUCUGGACUGCUGAUCGCUUCGGCCGCCGCUGGCUCUUCAUGGUCGGAGCUGCUGGUAUGGCCGUCUGCAUGCUCAUCGUCCCUGUCAUCGGUCUCGCGACUCCUACCCCCAAGUCGGAGCCAACUGCCAUUGGUAUCGUCGUGAUGCUGUACCUCUUCAUCUUCUUCUACAAGCCAUCUUGGGGCGCCGGUGUCUGGAUGUGGACCAGCGAAGUCUUCUCGGCCAACGUCCGAUCCCAGGCCGUCGGAAUGGCCUCGCAGUGCCAAAACGUCGCCAACACCAUCUUCCAGCAGUUCUUCCCCACCUUCCUCGCCAAGACGGGUCUCAAGUGCCUCUUCUUCUUCUUCGGCGUCAACAUCCUCCUCGGCAUCUUUGUCUUCUUCUUCAUCCCCGAGACAAAGGGCAUCGCCCUCGAGAACAUGGACGCCAUCUUUGGCGGAGCCGACCACACGGAGAAGGGAGCCCAGAUGAUCGGCGUCGAGGUGACUCCUGCCGUGGAGCUCAAGGAUGGAGCUGAGAUCCAGCAGGCUGAGAGGAAGCGCGAGGAUGUUUAA